CGACCGCUCGCGCUGAUUGUACGUCAGUGGCUGGUGAGCGUGUCCGAGGGCUCAGUCUGGGCGGUCAGUGUCCGAGAGCUCAGUCGGGGACGGUCAGUGUCUGAGGGCUCAGUCCGGGCGGAAUGACUCCAGUAAUGAGGUAUCCACCUUCCGGUUUUUUCUUGACCUGCCUGGCGGUUUUCUUUUGGAAUGAAUGCUGUGCUCAUGCCGACCAUGACGCUGAAUGCACAGCGACUGGUGAACAUGACCAUCUACCUCUGCCGGAUGUGACCACCACAGGUAUGGACAGGUACAGGGCGGUGUUUGAGCAGAAUUACUACCUGCACAAACUUUUUGACCAGUACGGAGAAAAUGGCACCCUGACGGUGGAAGGGUUGGAGAAGCUCCUGUGCAACAUCGGAGUCGGUGGAGUCAGAAUGAAGAGAACUAAACACGAGCAUUUCGAUCACAUCUCAAAGAAACAUUCGAUACUAGCAGAAGGAAGCAUUCAUCGCCACUGCUGUCCAGAGUGUCGGCAUAUUUGGUUGAGAAUUGGCUUACAAAGCACUCCCAAAGAGACUGGAAUUUUUCCAAAGCGUAGCCACCUGUCAGGCCAGCACGCAUCAGGCACAACACCACCGGCAGUAAUCUCUGCUGGAGAUAAAUCUGGAACCAAAAGACACAUGAGACCAGCACGCAGCCCUGCAAGCGCAAUUCCAGCAAUGGCGGGUGCACAAAUGACAGCUGGGCUCAAAGCUGAGCUUGCCACGACUGACGGUUACAGCAUGGAUACAGCUGGCCAGCCACCGACUGAAUAUUCCGCUCACAAGGAUGGUAAGGAGGUUCAGAGAAGAAAUAAUCCACUUGAAAACCACACCAAUAAAGACCCGAAAGGAGAGGAGUGCCUGAAUGCAGACAAGUUACUCUCAUCCCAUGGGAUGACCCCACAGAUGACUCUGAAUGCAGAGCAGUUUGGAUACCUUUGCCCUGCACUCCUGAAUCAGAUAGAGAGCAAGGCUUGCAUUGCACAUGAAGCUCGGGAGAAACACUCAGCUUCCUCCUCUGCUGGGGCAGCUUGGAUUGGAGGCUUUGUGUCUGUCACUGUCAUCAGUCUGCUAUCCCUGUUGGGUAUAAUCUUCAUGCCCUUAAUGAAUAAGAUAUUCUUCAAGUUUCUCCUGACGUUCUUGGUUGCUUUAGCUGUUGGGACCCUUAGUGGGGACGCAUUUCUACAUCUCUUGCCACAUUCACAAAGCAUUCAUCACCAUGGUGUAGAGGACCAGGAUCACUUGGAUUCCGUUUGGAAAGGCCUCACUGCUCUUGGUGGUCUUUACUUUAUGUUUCUUAUUGAACAUCUUAUAACAUUGAUUAAACUGUACAAAGACAAAAAGAAGCAGAAGAAGCCUAGUCAGGAUGACCAGGAGGUAGAAGCUGAUAGAAAUGCAGAACCCCACGAAUCACAAGAGUUAUCUCAGGAUGAAAACCCAGAGGUGAAACAAUUUGCUGAUCCGGACGACUCUCUGGUUGAACCCAAGGAUCAGUCAAACCUUCACUCUCUAGAUUACAGUCAGAACUCCCUGACUCCAGAGCAAGAAGUGAUGAUUGCCCAUGCUCACCCUGAAGGCAAUUACAAUGCUUAUGUGCCCAGGGGGUGUGAGAACAAAUGCCACUCUCAUUUCCACGACACCAUAGGGAACGCCGAUGACUCUCAUCAUCACCACCACCGCUAUCACCACAUACUACAUCACCACCACCACCAGAACCACCAUCCCCAUAGUCACGGCCACUACUACUUUCAGGAGGAUCUGAAGGAUGCAGGAAUAGCAACCCUGGCUUGGAUGGUGAUCAUGGGUGACGGACUCCAUAACUUUAGUGAUGGUUUGGCUAUCGGUGCUGCUUUUACUGGAGGUUUGUCCAGUGGAUUGAGUACAUCUGUUGCUGUAUUCUGUCAUGAAUUGCCACAUGAACUGGGUGAUUUUGCCGUACUGUUGAAAGCUGGAAUGACAGUGAAACAGGCCAUACUGUACAAUAUCCUCUCUGCCAUGCUGGGAUACCUGGGCAUGAUAACUGGCACUGCCAUUGGCCAUUAUGCCGAAAAUGUCUCCACUUGGAUCUUUGCUGUUACUGCCGGCUUGUUCUUGUACGUGGCCCUAGUUGAUAUGGUUCCUGAAAUGCUUCACAGUGACGCUGGUGAUCAUGACUACAGCCAUGGGGCAUACUUCCUUUUACAGAAUGCUGGCAUGCUCCUGGGAUUUGGCAUCAUGCUGCUUAUUGCUGUAUUUGAACAUAAAAUUUUGUCAAUCGUAAGACUGUGAUGUUUUUGAGCUUGUCUGAAACCUGCAGGUACCCUGAAGCACUAGUGUUAUGUCUAUUUAUUUAUCCAGUGUCUGUAAUAAUGUAGUGAGGUAGUAACACUGUUGAUUGAUCUAUGCUAAUGAUGUGACAGUCUGAUAGGUGAUAGCUCUGUCACAAUUCAGGCCCAAAUCCACAUCCAUGCUUGCUGCAACUCCAGUUCCAAAGCCCACAGCCCAAAACCAGGUUUUCCCACACCUGUGCACAUGCUUUCACUAACACAUAUCUUCACCCUCAUCAAACUGGGACCAAUACCUUAAAGGGGGAAAUGUUAUCAGUUACAACAGGACAGGCUGAUGACCAGCGUGGCCAUAAGAUUUUCCUCAUUCUGUAUUUCUAACUCAGCCUCUCUCUACCCAGCAGACCCUCCAGCAGGGCCUGUAUUGCUCUGCUGUGUCCCCUUCCAAAAAGAUUUAAAAUGUUCAAAUUUAACACAGCAGCUAAGUAACGUAUGAGGUACAUAACAGAGACAGUACGAAGCAGGUUGACAAACCAGUCACCACACAGAAUCCAAAGAGUCAGAGACCCGGGUGCAGCAAUAACCAUAAAGGAAACUGAGAGUGGAAAACUAAAACACGAAGCACAUGGUGAAUAAUGAGAGAAACAUGGUGUUACUCAGGAGACUUCUGUUUGCUGUGCCAUACCACAGGCCCUCAAACAAAUCCUUGUUAAUAGUCAACUGGUUCUUUCCGCUAGUAAACCAAGAAUUUCUUCCUUCGGCCAUGGUUAAUGCAGUCUCAAAUUCUAAGGCAGCCUUAGACUUUUUGCAUUGGAACAAUGGUUGACCCAAAUUUAGUAAGGAAAAAGGAUCACUUGUUAUUUGCAAAUGUCAAAAAGUAAGCACUUGCCCCACUGCAAGUGGAAAAAUAAUGGUUCAGUUUUCAUUACUGGAAUUCAGAUUAAUGAAACCGUUUUGUUUUUUGUGUGUGUAAAGAUAAUGUGACUAUUCCAAGAGAAAACAUGUUAAGUUGCUUAUGGUGCCAAACUGUGAUGCGAUCUUUAGCUUAUUUGUGGGUUCCCCCCCCCCGCCCCCCCCCAUAAAUUGUUACUUUUGUUUUAAUGUCCAGCUUUUAUCCAAAGCUCUCUCUGAUGGGAGACAUUCGGUGCUGUUGGAAAAUACUGAUCAUUAUAACCAUGUAAUUGGAAAUUAGAUUUUAUUCCACAAAUAAAAUACAAGUGUAGAAUUCCAAACCAUUAUUAUAUUUUUUAAAAGUUGCAACUUUUGAAGGAAAAUUGUAUUCCUUGGCCAAAUUCUGUAGAAAAUAGAGCAGCAGAGAUCAGUGACUACAUUGUCAUCCUAUAAGAAGGCAGUGUGAAAGGUACACAGGGUCUCCCUUCAGCAUUUAAUUAGUUUUAUAAGAUGCACUGCCGUCUGUACUUAGAUGUGUUGUUACAAGCUGGACUUUAGUUCAGAACACUUGACAGGUUUUUUAAAGUAAAAUACUCCUGUUACGAAAAAUGAACGUUUAUAACUUGAUUGUUACAAACAUCCUUUAUUAUGUAUAUUUAUAAUCAGUAUAGUUACAAUAGAGGUGUUCGCACACGCUGUAAUGGAGUGAUGUUACAUUCCACUACUUUUUUCUAUCUAAUAGAUAAAUGUAGAAAGGAGGAUGAAAUGCAAUUGAACUUAGCGUAAAUAACUCCUAUAUAUUCUACAAUUUGAAAAUGAAAUUCAGGCUUGCAUUUAAAACAAACGUAUGUUACAGAAAAGGACUGGACUCAACUUUACUGUGUAUGCAAUCUUCUUACAGUCAUAUUGAAAGGGUGAAAAUGGUGUAUGUUGAAAGAAAACUAGUGAAGGGAGCUUAAUGAAAGCACACUGAGAGCUUGUUUCCUAUGGGUCUGUGGUUGUUGAUGAAGGACCAGACUGUUGAUGUAGUAAUUGCUGUUACUUUUGAAGAAUAAAGCACUGUUUUAGAUUUA